AUGGGUGUGUUUAAUUUAGUGUUUCAUCAUGGGGGAAGUUUCGUGCAAGACGGCCAUACGUAUUAUAGAGGAGGUAGUGAGACUACUGUUGAAUGUCAGGACGAAGAUAAAUGGAGCUUUUUUGAAGCUGUUAGUCUGGUUAAAGAUUGGGGUUAUGAAGGUUUUAGGCUAUGGAGAAAGAUUCCACAAACGGAUGAAGGGUUUACAAAUGUUGUUGAUGAUGCAGGAGCUGUAGAAGUUGCUAAGCAUUGUAUGUCUUGUAGGGUUCACGACGAUCUUUGGGUAGAGCACGGUGUAGAAGACAUGAUGACCAAGGUUCUGGUACCUAAUGUUGAUGACUUCAGCACCUCUAGUGGAGAUGAUAGUUCUGGUGACUAUGUUGAUGCAAGCCAAUGUUUCAAUGACAGUGAAGAGGAAAGAGUAAUUGAAGUAGAAGAAGAGCAAUUUGAACGAGUGGAGGUAGCUGUUCCAGUUAGUGGGAAUAGGGUGGAGAUCGAAGGGAAAUCAUUUAGAUUCAAGCGUUGUGCAUCCAAGGAUCCCAAAAAGAUGAAAGAAAAGAGCAAAAGGGACAAGGUCAGUGUUUUGGUGCCCAAAAGUGUCUUAGGAUCUUGUUCAAAGAGGGCUACAAGGAUAUGUGAAGAUGUGGAUUAUGCUAGUGAGAAACUUGAAAGUUCAGAUGCUGAUGAAAGUGACAUGGAUGACAAACCUUCCAAGCCAAAGUAUGAGAAGUUCAGAUCGGAGCUGCUUAACAAAGACUUUCAAUUCAAAUUAGGUAUGGAGUUCAUUUCUCUUUCUGAAUUUAAAGAUGCUAUCAGGGAUUUGGUCAGUAUUAAAUGCAAAGUGGGAGGUAGCCUCACUUACCAGCUAAAGACUUGGGUGGGGACCCACACAUGUGCAAGGGUAUUAAAUAACAAGUCUGCCAAUUCCAAGUGGGUCUCUAAGUUAGUGGUUGAAAAGAGGAAGUCACAAGGGAAAGUUAAACUGUCUGAAAUUAUGUCUGAGCUUAGACAGAAAUAUUCAGUGGGCAUUACCAAAGGGAAAGCUUGGAGAGCCAAAGCUAUGGCUGAAGAAAUAAUUGAAGGUGAUGCAAAGGAACAGUAUAACAUGUUAUGGAGAUAUGCAGCUGAGUUGAGAAAACAUUGUGCUGGGAACACUGUCAAACUAAAUACUGAGAGACCACAUCCAACACUACCACUAAGAUUUGACCAACAAAAGGGACUUGUUAGUGUCUUUGAGGAAAUGCAUCAGCAAGUUGAACACAGGGUCUGCCUCAGACACCUGAUUGCUAAUAGUGUUGUUAAGCUUGAUAAGUGGAAGCACAAUGUCAUGCCUAAUCCUAGGAAAAGGCUUGAUAAGGAAACAUAUCUUAGUGGAGAAUGGCUGCCUACAUGGAGCAGUGGUGAUUUGUGGCAAGUCCAUCACCCAUAUAAUGGAUUGCAGUUUGUUGUUGAUAUUGGGAAAAAAACAUGUACUUGUUGUUUUUGGGAUCUUGUGGGCAUACCAUGUAGGCAUGUUGUUUCUGCAUUACAGUAUCAAAACUUAGAUCCUGAGAAAUAUGUUGACCCUUGUUACAUGAGAGAAGCUUACAGGGCAUGUUAUGAAAACAAUGUUAGUCCAAUAAAUGGCAUGGACAUGUGGCCAACUGUGGAUGCUGAAGAAUUGUUGCCACCACAAUACAAGAAGGGACCUGGAAGGCCUAAGAAACUGAGGUUUAGAGAGUUGGAUGAGAAUGGUUCAAGGAUGAGGAGGGUAGGUGUAGCAUACAGAUGCACGCAUUGUGACAAAUUUGGCCAUAAUUCUAGGAAGUGUCAAGCUAAGGAGCAAGAUCCUAAUGCACUAAAGAGAAAGAGAAAGACACCUAGGACCAAAGUGUCAAAAAAAUCUGAUGCAAAUGUUGAUACAACUGCAACUGGAGGUGGAACUGUGGAUGAAGACCCAGAGAUGGAUGCAUUGCUGAAUAAUAUGAUGGAUCUUUAUAAAGAACAACAAUCACAAGUUGACAAUCCCACACAACCUACUGCUAUGCAACCUCCCCCAACACAUGAAUCAUAA